CUUAUUUCAUUUGCUAUUUAGUAAAUAUCAGAGAGAGAGAUUGUAAAGGAGUUUUAACUUAUUGAAAAACUCCUGGUUGUACUGAGAGAUUGAGUGACCUGUUCAUGUCACAAAGCAAUUAAGUAAUCUAGCUGGAACUUGAAUUCAAGCCUCUGACUCCAGGGCCGAUGUUUCGUAAUACUAUAUUUCUUCCUAGACUUAACAUCAUGUUUUAAGAUGAUACUUUGUAUAGUUUUAUCUUUUCUAAUUAUUUGCUGGUCCUUUUUAAGGAUUUCUAAAUAUCACAUAUAGUUAACAUGCCCCUAUUUACAUCUUAAUAGCUAAUGAAAUUUAUCUGAUUUCUUUUCUCACUCACAAAUUACAUUUUGUUGCUUUUAUUCCUAUCACCAGAAAAGAAUAAAAUAAAAUCUGAUGUAUUUUACCUGAUUAAAUCCUUAAUUUUUUACUUGAAUGUUUUCUGAAGAGCCUUGCAUGUUUCACACUCAUUUUUGGUUUAUAAUAUUGGAACUAGGUAGAUUUACCCCAUAGACCCAUGCAAAUGUAGUACCUUGCUCAGGUCAGCAUUACCAUCAGAAUUCAACUAAAUUGUGCCAUUGGAAUCUUUACAGUUGUACUUUCCCCCGCUUUCUUCCACUUUUGCCCUCUUCCAAGUUUGUUUCUAGUUGUUUUUCUCCUAUAUUCCCAAUAAUUUCUGGUCCUAAGAAGAGAAGGUAUCUCGAGCUGCAGGGUCUCCAGCACACUCUCUUUUGUGAAGUAUAUUUUUCUACUUAAUUUCUUUUAUACUCCUAAUAUAUGUCUUUAUUUUCUCACAUAAUUUUAAAAAUUAAGUUGUUACUUUCAGUAUACAUAUAUAAAUUCAUACUUUACAGCUCUUUUAGUUUUUCCAGUAGUGUAAUUGCUUUUGUAGGGUGAGAAUAUAAAUUAGUUAAGUUCAACCUUUAGUCUCUUCAUAUAAUUAGCUAUAUAGUAUGUAAUGACUGCUAAAUAUUAUCAAUAUAUUGUUGAUUUGCUCAUUGUCAAAUCUAAAAUCUGAUUUCCUUGGCAGAUACAUAGACUCGCAAUAGGCAUUUGGCAUUUUAUAUUUUGGGCAGUGUAACUUUUAAAUCUACAUAAACUUCUCUGCCUUUUGCCUCUGCUGUGUUCAUAGAUUCCAGGAGGGCUUCGUGUAUGGACCUCAAGUGUUGGAGGUAGCAGACUUUUCAGCAGAAGAAAAGAUGAAAAGGAAUAUGCAUUGAAGCAAAUUGAAGGCACAGGAAUAUCCAUGUCGGCUUGUAGAGAGAUUGCACUUUUGCGAGAAUUGAAGCAUCCUAAUGUGAUCGCAUUGCAAAAGGUGUUCCUUUCUCACAGUGACCGGAAGGUGUGGCUGUUGUUUGAUUAUGCAGAGCAUGAUUUGUGGCAUAUUAUUAAGUUUCACCGUGCAUCGAAAGCAAAUAAAAAGCCCAUGCAAUUGCCGAGAUCUAUGGUUAAAUCAUUACUUUAUCAGAUUCUUGAUGGUAUCCAUUACCUCCAUGCAAAUUGGGUGCUUCAUAGAGACUUGAAACCAGCAAAUAUCCUAGUAAUGGGAGAAGGUCCUGAGAGGGGGAGAGUCAAAAUAGCUGACAUGGGUUUUGCCAGAUUAUUCAAUUCUCCUCUAAAGCCUCUGGCAGAUUUGGAUCCAGUAGUGGUGACAUUUUGGUAUCGGGCUCCAGAACUUUUGCUUGGUGCGAGGCAUUACACAAAGGCCAUUGAUAUAUGGGCAAUAGGUUGCAUAUUUGCUGAAUUGUUGACUUCAGAACCUAUUUUUCACUGUCGUCAGGAAGAUAUAAAAACAAGCAAUCCCUUUCAUCAUGAUCAACUAGAUCGGAUAUUUAGUGUCAUGGGAUUUCCUGCAGAUAAAGACUGGGAAGAUAUUAGAAAGAUGCCAGAGUACCCCACACUUCAGAAAGACUUUAGAAGAACAACGUAUGCCAACAGUAGCCUCAUAAAGUACAUGGAGAAACACAAGGUCAAGCCUGACAGCAAAGUGUUCCUCUUGCUGCAGAAACUCCUUACUAUGGAUCCAACCAAGAGAAUUACCUCAGAGCAGGCUCUGCAGGAUCCCUAUUUUCAGGAGGAUCCCUUGCCGACAUUAGAUGUAUUUGCUGGCUGCCAGAUUCCAUACCCCAAACGAGAAUUCCUUAAUGAAGAUGAACCUGAAGAGAAAGGUGACAAGAACCAGCCACAGCAGCAGAACCAACAUCAGCAGCCGACAGCCGCGCCGCAGCAGGCCGCAGCCCCUCCAGCAGCGCCACAGCCCCCGCAGCAGAACAGCGCGCAGACCAACGGGACUGCGGGAGCGGCGGGGGCGGCGGGCGCGGGCGCGGGGCUGCAGCACAGCCAGGACGCGGGCCUCAACCAGGUGCCUCCCAGCAAGAAACCGCGUCUGGGGCCCUCAGGCGCAAGCUCCGGGGGUCCUGUCAUGCAGUCAGAUUAUCAGCACUCUGGUUCACGCCUGAAUUACCAAAGCAGUGUCCAGGGACAGUCUCAGUCCCAGAGCGCGCUGGGCUACUCCUCCUCCUCCCAGCAGGGCACCCAGUACCACCCCUCGCACCAGGCGCACCGCUACUGAGUAGCCCUUCCUCCCCGCGCGGCCCGCUGGGGCCUGGACUCAGCAAUACGGCAUCUGCAUGAAGAAGAACCAAAAAUGCAACCGACGAUGCUGGUUUAAAACUCACACAUUUAGGAGGAAAACUUGAUAUACUGAACAUUUUGCAGGACCGAUAGCUCUUCUUUCUUAAAGAAGAUUCUUGUGAAGUCUCCCGGACACCCUUCCCCUGCAUGUGUUGCAUUGUGAUUUCUCUGAUAAAGCCUCUGAUCUAAUCCCAGCACUUAACUUCUGUAACCUUCGGCAUUUUUUUUGAAGGAUUUCCUGGUGCACCUUUCUCAUGCUGUAGCAAUCACUAUGAUUUAUCUUUUCAAAGCUCUUGUAAUAGGAUUUUAAUGUUUUAGAAACAGAAUUCCAGUGGUGUAUAGUUUUGUACUGCAAGAACUGAUUUAGCAACACAGGUAAAAAUGCACCUUUUUAAGCACUACGUUGUGUUCACAGCAUAUAAACUGUUUUGCUCAUGGAAGUCUCAAACGGAAACUGUUACUGUCCCAAAGUACUUUACUAUUAUGUUUUUAUUUAUCUAGUUUCAGGGAAGGUCUGAUAAAAAAAGACAAAAGAGGUGGGACAGAGUGAACUUACAACCAAAAACAGUCUAGACCUUUGCAGUUGCUAUACUUUAUGCUAUGAAAACCUGAAGUAUGUGGUAAUUUUUAUAUAAUCGUUCAUCUGGAACUUAGUUCCCAGAACCACCAUCUUAUUCUGAAUAGUAUUCAAUAAUUAAGAAUUAUAAUUUUAAUCUUCAUAUAGCUAAGUCUACCUUCAAAAAGGGUUUCAAGAGUUUUGAUGAAAUACAGUCUUCUUGUGGCCCACACCAAAAAGCUGGAAGAGAAUAUUAACUGCACUAGGAUUUAAGGAGUAAUGUUGUUGAAAGGAUGUAUUACUUCCCUUUGAAGGAAAAGCUUUUAGUGUGUGUUGUACAUAAAGUUGGCUUCACUAAAGAACUGUUGGUUUCUUCACAUCUGGGUCAACUUGAGUAACUUUCUUAAAUAAUCAAGAGUACUCAAAUAGAAGCCUGAAAUUAAUCUGCUUUUAAAAUAAAGAGGCAGUGUUCUCCAUUCAUAUUUGCAUUAGAUGUAGAGUGACUAUUUUUAAAGCAUGUUAAAAAUUUAGGUUUUAUUCAUGUUUAAAGUAUGUAUUGUGUAUGCAUAAUUUUGCUGUUACUGAAACAAUUCUAUCAAGAAUCUUUUCAUUGCACUGAAUGCUUUCUUUUGCUCCUAGGAGAAAACUUAAUAAUUGUGCCUAAAAACUAUGGGCAGAUAGUGUAAUACUGUACUAGAUAAAGUGUAUUUUGCAUUUCCAUUCUCUAUGAAUUAGAGGUUGAGUUCUUUCUUAGCCAGUUUAAGGAGCCCUUUCCUCUCCAGAGUCAAAAGGUAAUGUAAGGACUUAGAGCUCUCAUUGUAAUGUAAGGAGCAAGAUGUUUGUGUUCUUUUGAAUGCUACUAGCAGCACCAGCCUUGUUUUAAACAUUGUUUUCUUGAGCUAGAAGAAUAGCUGAUUGUUGUAUAUGCAAAUUUUAUGCAUUUUUUUACUAUUCUUUAUGAACUUAUCUACCUGGUUAUGAUACUCUGGGUCCAUACACAAGUAAAAUAAGAUUUUAGACAGAAGCCAGUAUACAUUUUGCACUAUUAAUGUGAUACCUUAGCCAGCAAGGGACCUUACUGAUCUCAGCAUAAUAAUGCUUCUUAAUAAUAAAGACUGUAUAGUGACACAUCAAGACUGAAGAUGAAACAGUUGGCAUGCUCCAUUUGAUGGAAUUUCUGAUUGUCUCCAUGAUAAUUGACCCCUUCUGUUUUUUAAAAUAAGAACUGAAUAGCCCUCUGUAUAAUGCAGCUACCUGUAUAAAGUUCUAUCCAGCCUCACUGUACAGAGCUGUCGUCAACAGAUGCUCAUUGCCCCCUCACCAUGUACCCAGCUCUGAGCUGGUCAGAAGGCACAAAGGAAGGCCAGGACAUACUUGCAUUAAGGAACUUAUGAUUGAUUUGGUGACAAGCUCUCCUGGGAUGUCUAUGCCAUGGGAUUGGUUUAUAGGUAAAACCUUCUUAAGACAUGAAGGUCCUUUUGUUUACUUCUAAACCUACGUGAUGAAGUUAUUAUUUCCAACUCUGCUUUAUUGUAAACAGUGCUAUGGAGAGUUUUCUCUGUCCACCUUAGAGAAAGCCAGAGAUUAAAUAUCAAAAAAGGCAUUAAUGUAUAUUUGAAACAUUCACAGCAGCCUUUCAACAAUUGGUUGGCAGAACACACUUCUACUAAGUAUUGUAGAAAAUUACAAUGAAAAUAGAAGCUCCGUUCCUGCCCACCAGGGGAGCUUACAUUUAAUAAAAAGACAAACCCAAAUAUAUGCAAAAACCAAAAUACCAUGCCCCUUAAUACUUUAUAAGCAACUCUGAUAUACAACCCUUGUGAAAUGUACUUAAACAUUCACAGGACACCCUGUUUUCUUUGUAUAUAAUGAAUUUUACUGGCAGAACCUAUAUGUAAAUGUUAAGGAGAUUUUGUCGCUUCCUCGCAGAACACUGGGUUCUCCAGGACAUAGCCAGAGAUCCCCAUUACAGAUGACUGGGUUCCUGGUCACUGCACUGGUACUGGCCCUUUUCACUCUGGGCUUGCCUCAGGGCUGGUGAUAACCACUGAUGUCCUUUGAAAUAAUUUUGGUAAUUUCCUUUUCCCCUUAAAGGGGAACAAAGCCUUUAACACACAUAAGGGCCCUAAAACUGUGGGAUCUCUAAGGCAACUUGUGAAGCAUUCUGAGGUUAAAAUUUACCUUCGUGGUUCCCAGAUGACCAUAUUCCUCUUUGAAAAUUCAUUAGAUACAGACAUUGCCCCUGGAGGACACGGACCUGCUCUUAUGUGGGCAUAUACCACCCAUGGCAAUCCCCCAACCAGGGGAGGCUAUUGAAAAGAAGGAAUGAAUCAAAGUGAAAGUUUUAGACUCUCCACAUUACAACUCCAUUUUAGAGUUAGCUUUCUGGUGAGAUGUGUGUUUGGGAGAAGGGAUUCUAGGGUUUCAGGAGAGAUGAGGUCGAGUGCAGGGCAGCCUGGUUGGCGGGGUUGAUACGAUGAGGCUGAAACAAUCCUUGUAAUGAAGUAGAUCAUGCAGUAACAUGCAAAUACCAAGGACACGUAUAUUUUUAUAUCUGUGUGGUUUUGAAACGUUAGGACUUAGAAUUUUGGUCUUCUGUACUACUGUUUUGCUUUUACAAAAACAAUUGAAGAAUGGAAAGGGACAACAUUUACCUGCAUGUUCACUGCCUCAUUCCUGGUGAAGCAACUGCUAAUUGGAUGCCUCUAAAAUGAUGCUGUUUUCUCUGCUAAAGGGAAAAGAAACAGUUAGAGAAUAAGAAUUGCAGCUUAAUCUGCUUUGAAUAAAUUGACACAGCAGAAACUACACAAUGAAGGAAGAAUUCUACGAAAAUUGCAAGUCUUUACUUAAUUCUGUGAUGAUGUCUUCCUGGGUCAGAGAGAGAGGCAGUGCAAUGGCUGUUAGACCAGAGGAGGCUUGAAGGAUUCAAGUACAAGUAAUCUUCAGUAGAAAAUAUAGCAGUUUAGGUCCCCAAAAUCUACAAGAAUAAACACAAAUACCAUAAAGUUCAUUGUUUUAGGACUUUUUAAAAAAUGUGUUGUACCUAAGGCCAUACUUACUCUUCUAUGCUAUCACUGCGAAGGAGUGAUAUGUAUGUAUUAUAUGAGAAAAAAAAAAUCCUUAAUGCACUGUUAUCUCCUAAAUAUUUAGUAAAUUAAUACUAUUUAAUUUUUUUAAAGAUUUGUCUGUGUAGACACUAAAAGUAUUACACAAAAUCUGGACUGAAGGUGUCCUUUUUAACAACAAUUUAAAGUACUUUUUUAUAUAUGUUAUGUAGUAAUAUCCUUUCUAAACUGGUCUACUUUGUAUUUCUCAUAAUUCCUAUUUGUGAAGUGUGCCUGUCCUCGUCAUCUUUUUCAGUAAUUUUAUGCACGCAUCCCUCUUUUUAUGAUUAUAUAGACGACUAUGUACACUUUCCAUGCUCCGCUGUGAGGUGCGUGCUCUGAGCCGGCUGCACCCACCACGGUCCUGCGCCAUGGGGUGCAGGACGAGCUGCCGCUUUGGAGCUGUUUCCGCUUUUGAUUUGUCCUGACAUCCUUCUUGAAAUGACUGUUAAAACUAAAAUAAAUUACAUUGCAUUUAUUUUAUAUUCUUGGUUGUAAUAAAAUUUAAUUGACUUUG